AUGUCAACCACUCAAGACAAACCUUUACAAGAGGAGCCAGAAUGCCUGAAAAUAUGUCCGGAAAUAAUUCCAAGAAGAGAGUGGAGGCCGAGAAAGCCAAAGAAAGCCCACACACAGCAAGACAGAGCUUGGUAUCCUGUUUUGUUCAGAAGUAGUAACUCAUAUGAGUGUAAGACUAAAGAUGAAUGUCUCAAGAACGUAAAAUGGAUGCAAACCUAUCAUAUGGAGAUUCAUAAGCUUGAUGAUAUUGGUUUCAGUUUUCUUAUUGGAGAAGAUGGGAACGUAUAUGAAGGCAGAGGUUGGGGGGUAGAAAAUCAUAGAAUGGGAGGAUACGUGGGAAUAGCUUACAUAGGCUACUACUGCUGGGAUGCUGACAAACAGCCUACGAAGGCCAUGAAAAGAGCUGCAUUUAGACUAGUACUCUGUGGAAUUCAAAAAGGAUUCAUAAAAAGCCCUUUUAAGAAAGGAAUUAAAACAAUGAAAAGUGGGUUACCAGAGCCAGAAAUGUGGGAUAAAUACAUGUUUCAAGCUGAAGAUGAAUUUUAACCCAUUAUUACAGGGUUUUAGUCAAGUG